AUGGAAAAAUCAGUAUUUGCAACGCUCAAUGCCGUCAACGUGAACGGCCACACCGAGCAGAAGAACGGCCUCACCUACCUCUCCUGGGCUUGGGCUUGGAGCGAGGUCAAGAAGGCCUACCCCGCCGCCUUUUACACGAUCUACGAGAACGAGGAGGGCAGGAACUACCACCACGACGGACGCACCGCAUGGGUGAAGACCGGCGUCACCAUCGAGGGCUUGGAACACAUCGAAUAUCUCCCCGUCAUGGACUACCGCAACCAGAGCAUCCCCUUGGAUAAGGUGACGAGCAUGGACGUCAACAAGGCCAUCCAGCGCAGCCUCACGAAGGCGUGCGCGCGUCACGGCCUCGGCCUCUACAUCUACGCGGGUGAAGAUCUCCCCGAGGAUGAGCAGAACGCCGACAAGGAAGAGCUGGCCGCGUUGCUCGACGUGGUCGCCGACUGCAUCGACGUGGACGACCUGACGAGAAUAUGGAAGACAAACGCAGCCAAGUGGGGAAAGAACGCAGCCUUCAAGGAUGCGGUCACCCGCAAGGGAACGGAACUGAAAGGAGGCGCGGCAUGA